AUGGUGAAAGAAGCCCAGCUUCCUUCCUCCCCUCCCAAUCGGUCUCUUCUCUCUCUUCCAUUCUCAAAUAAGUCGGGCCCCUUAUUCUCUCAAAUCAGUCGAGUUCCUCCCUCUCAACAUCAGUCGCGGCUUCUCUCCGCUGAGGGGCUCGCCGCCGCGGCUCCGAAAUCCGGCGAGGUCGACGGCCAGACGUACCUUCUCCCCUCGCCUCACUUCCUCCUCAGUUCACCAUAUCAGCCAAUCUGGUCGAGCCCUAACCCUUCUUCGCCCAAAUGCCACCGCCGCUGCCGCCGUACUCUCCGUUGGAGUCGCUGCCCAGAUUCCUCACUAUCAGACUCGGCGUCUCCCCCUUCCAAUCUGCCUUUGGAGAAGGCGGGAGGAAAAAGCCCUAAUCUCGGCCUACAACUAUCGCCGCCGCCGCUGUCGCGGUCCCCUGGCCGUCAAACGGCGAAGCCGGCGUCGUCUCGCCUCCUUCUCCGAGCCGUUCAGGUCCCGAUUCAGACGUCAAGGUGGGCAGGGAGUCGAGCCCUGUUUCUUUUCCACCUCCGCCACCAUGGUUCUGCCGCCAUCUCCACCGUCUGUGGAAGACCGGCGAUUCAGCGUCGUUGCUCCAUUCGCGAUGCUGCUGCUGCUGUCAUACGAUUUCCGCCGAGGCAGCAAGAGCUGCCGUCGUCGUCGUCUUGGCUCAACCGAACAGGCAGCCGGCCCUAUUUCUUAAAUAAUUGCAGGUGAUCAAUGGAAGAAGAUGGGGCAUUAAAGCAAGGCUUACCUUGAGAACUUGGCUGAACGAAAUGGAGGCUUCUCUGCUCGUUGGAGAGAACUCUUGGUGACAGGAAAAUGAUAGAGAAUGUUGUGCUCUCCGCUGGAGUUGAGACUAAGGGUGCUGGCAACGCCAACUCCUUGCCAAGCUUAAGGAGUUGGGAGCUAGCUUUAUAUUAUUGCAAGUUGAUGACUAGCAGUGGCGGAUCCAGGAUUUAUUAUUAGGGGGGACGAAUUUUAUUGAAGUACGACGUUUGAAAAUAUUUAUACGGGGGUUCGGGGGCGGAAGCUCCCGAGUCAAAUUUUUUUAAGCAUUCCGUCAAUUAAUUUUUAUAUCCAA